CGAAGUUCUCAAAAUUCUACAAAAACAUCAUUAAUCUCAAUCAAAGGCCUUUUGACAAUGUCGCUAAAUGUUAUAACGUCGGAUGUGAUUCAUUUCUGUAACAUAUGUAGUAAACCUAUCGCUACAGAAUCCGCUUAUAAACGGCAUUUAUCAUAUUGCCGCAGAACUCAAGGCCGUCCUAGAAAGCGACCACGUUCUUGCAAAGAAUGCCACUCCGCAAAGGCCAAAUGUAGUUUUGAAUCGGAGUGUUCACGUUGCAAAGCCAAAGGCCUUUAUUGUGUUUAUGAGCAGCCUGGUGCUUCUGCUCUUAUCAUCAAUGCAAACAACAACUAUGGCUCUGUGUCAAGCUCCCCAAAUAGCUAUCCGGACCCCUUUUACCAACCUCCGCCUUACUGCGAUUUUGGUUCCCCAAGUAGCCUACCCUUACCGUCUACAUCGCCUCGGUCGAUACUUGAGCUUCGAGCUGACCCGGUAGCCCGACAUGGCGCUGGUUUCAUCCUAGAGUCUAUACGAAGCCUUCCUCUUAUGAUGAUAAGCAGAGAGACAUUUUCAUGGUACACACACGGCCAUUGGUAUCAAUCUAAGCUUCCUCAGACCAUCGUUAGGUGUUCGGAGUUAGCGACUUUAUAUGCCGAACGCCGACCAUCUCCGAGGGACCCUUUUUGGACGUUACUAGAAGAGGAGAACCGGCGACUUCUUCAAGAUCUUCCUAACUGCUCUUUACGAGAUAUGGUAUUUGCGAUGCAAGUCCAGAUCAUAUACAUGAUCAUGUUCGCUCUAGGCCAUGCCUCCCUAGCCGAAAUUCCCCAGGUACGCCUGCAGAUGCUUAUGACAUUCGAUCUUUAUGGUAUUAAGGCAACUGAGAUGGAUAAUAACGUGUGGUUCCCGCCUGAGAGAUUAGAUGACCCCAACGUAACCUGGGAAGAUUGGAUUUUUGCUGAAGUCCGACGAAGGUUAGCUAUCACUUGGUUUCUACUCAGCCGGGUGAUGGAUCUCAAAUUCGGGGUUAUGUGUCCCAGCGUUAGCAAUUGUCGCUCGCUUCCUCUCCCUGCUCCGGACUCCAUCUGGAAUGCUAGAACACGAGAAGAGUGGGAAUCAUCUCGCAAGGUCCACUCGAAUUGUUGCUGGGAAUCCUUGAAAUCAUUUGGAGACCUGAUAACCGCCCGUUCAUACCCUCCCGACUCGGAACCUUUUCAACAGCUUAACAAAUGGCAUGCAAAUUGCGACAAAUUGGGGCUCCUCCUAACUCUAGCAACGAGUAUGGUCUGAACUAUAGUGCAUGGCCUAAAUUAAAUAAAAAUUGGUACUCCGAUUAAGAUUUCGGGCGUUGCAAUUUUCUAGCAGAGUUAACGAGGGUCAAUCUAACGUCGCGCCAUUAUUAUAUAUAGAAUAGGGAUAAAUGGUUAUACCGGGAGCUCUUUUCUAAAUCAUGUCACGAUCAAAUAUUCUUACUAUCCGCAAUCAGAAAUCAGAGCAUGAAUAGUAUUCAUUGAGGUCAAUCUAGAGUCAGCCUAGAAGCUUGAGAAACUAUCUCACCACUUCGGCCACGAACAUAUAGGCCCUUUAUCAUCAAC